UGUAACAAGAUUUCAGUGUAAUUGAUUUCAAUCUUAGACUGUGUUCUUAACAUGUUUCUUGUUGUUCAAAAAAAAUGUGAGCUAUUCUAAAGCAAAAAAAAAGAUUUCAGUGUAAUUGAUUUCAGUGUAUCUUGUUUAUGAGCUCAUGGAUACUGAUCUCCACCAGAUUAUCAAGUCUUCUCAAGUUCUUAGUAAUGAUCACUGCCAAUACUUCUUGUUCCAGAUACUUGAUUGGUUCUACUUGCUUCGAGGGCUAAAGUAUAUACACUCAGCCAACAUCCUCCUCCGAGAUUUGAAACCAGGCAACCUCCUUAUCAACGCGAACUGCGAUUUGAAGAUAUGUGACUUCGGUCUUGCGCGGACCAGCAACACCAAGGGACAGUUCAUAACUGAAUAUGUGGUGACUCGUUGGUACAGAGCACCCGAGCUUCUCCUCUGCUGUGACAACUACGGAACAUCCAUCGAUGUUUGGUCCGUUGGUUGCAUUUUCGCCGAGCUUCUUGGUAGAAAACCG